AUGAUGCAGGAGGAGAUGGAGUUUUAUCAACAACAUGCGAACACUGUUAGGCCCAAGCGAACAAGAAAAGUGAUAGAGAGAGAUCGUGAAGCUGGGCACGAGCGGUUGUGGAUGGACUACUUCUCUGAAAAUCCUGUAUACCCGGAGGAGCUUUUCCGGCGAAGGUUUCGAAUGCGAAAGGAUGUGUUCCUCAGAGUUGUAGACGCCCUUGGGUCUCAUAACUCGUAUUUUUUACAGUCUGUUGAUGCAGUUGGAAGACAAAUAUUCGGUGAAACAUAUUUGAGGCGCCCGAACCAUGAAGACAUUACCCGCCUACUUCAAUGGGGGGAGUCUCGUGGAUUUCCAGGUUCUAACAAUGACAUUAAUGUGCUAAACCAAUCUCCUGUGUUUAAUGAUGUUUUGAGUGGAAAUGCUCACAUGUUCUCAGUGGAAAGGUGGGCAUCUUUUCUACUAUUAAUUGUUGCUGGAAAUCUUGUUGAUUGUAUUGAAGGCAACUCAAGGAAUUUUGCUGUAUGCGUGGAAAAGCUAGGGAGUUUAGUUAGUCAGAUUGGAGGUAGUUUGGGGGUUCUGAAAUUCAAUGGCCUUGGGGGUUCAAUUUGGGGGUGA